UGAAUGAGUAGCACACGAAAGGGCUUUGUGUAAAAAGUAGCUGAGGAUUUUUAAGUUACAUUAAGCGUUUAAUAAUCUCCCGAAGAUGGGUCCAGUUGAGCUCCUGCACAUGUCAGUCUUCUCUCAGAGCUUCUCUCCCUGCGGUCGCUACCUCGCAGCGGGCAACAACUAUGGAGAGAUUGCAGUGUUCAGUCUUUCAGCUGCACUGAGCCCAGAUGCAUCAGAAAGGAGUCAGAAGCCCAUCCUUAACUUUACCGCUCACGACGGUCCUGUAUUCUCUCUUCUGUCCACUGAAUCUCAUCUCCUGAGCGCUGGGAAUGGAGAGAUCAGUGCCUGGAGUUGGGCAGAGCUCAUCAAAAAAAGCACCAAAGCUGCAUGGACAAGAAAACCUAAUUAUGAGACUAGUCUUGAAAUUCCAGAAAUCAAUGCGAUGAUCAUUAACCCAAAGGACAACAACUUGAUAGUUGGAGGAGGAGACAAUAACAUUCACAUCAUGGACAUGGAGACUGGUACCUUCAAAUCUGUACUGAAGGGCCACACUGACUACAUCCACUGCCUGUCCUUCAAAGAGCGGGAAGGGGAGAUUCUCUCUGGUGGAGAGGAUGGUGCUGUGAGGAUUUGGGACUCACGAACAAAUCGGCCGGUUCACUGUAUUGAGGUUUUCAAAUAUGAGGAAUGUGCUCGCCCACAGUUUGGCAAGUGGAUCAGCUGUCUUGCCACAGACUCUGAUUGGAUGCUUUGUGGUGGAGGCCCAUCACUCUCCUUAUGGCACCUCAGAUCCAUGUCCCCCACCUCUGUCUUCCCUCUGUCUGGCUGUCAAAGAGAAGCUGUCUUUUACCAGGAUCUGAUCAUGUCAGUAGGUGAGGGUCCAUACGUGUCCCACUGUUUACAUGGGGGAACAGUAAAAGCUCAGAUUCCCUGCUCUCCGUCUUCACUCAACACACUGGCUCUCAAUUUGAAAAACACUGAACAUAGGGUUAUGACAGUAGGGGGCAGCAGUCACCAAAUCGAUGUUUUCACCAACUUCAGUUACAGAGCCUUCUCUCUGUCGUUUUGAGCUAACACUUCAGCAGUAUGUUUGAAUUGGAAUUGAAUCUUAUAGCAGAUUCUUCAAUUAUGAUUUCACUUUAAUUCAAUGAAACUAUGUAUUUUUAUAAUAAAUCGUUUUGGUAAUUGUUCA